CAGGAGAGCCUCAGCUGCGCAGAAGAUGCAAGGGACCAUGCGGUUGUGGCUGUCAGUGAUGACGCUUGCCCUGUGCCUGCUGAUCUGCCUGGGGACGCUGGCAGAAGCAUAUCCAUCCAAACCGGACAGUCCUGGUGAGGAUGCACCUGCAGAAGACAUGGCUAGAUACUACUCGGCACUGAGGCAUUACAUCAAUCUCAUCACACGACAGAGGUAUGGAAAGCGAUCCAGCCCAGAGACACUGAUCUCCGAUCUUUUGUUGCAAGAAAGCACAGAAAAUAUUCCUAGAUCUAGGUAUGAAGAUCCUGCAAUGUGGUGAUGGAAAAAACCAGUCUGUCUUCAAUAUUUUUCCUAGUUUUCAAUUCAUGUCCCAUUGCAAGAAGACCACUUGGGAGUUUCACCCCCCGCCCCCAGUGCAUGCAGCCAUCGUACUGAAUU